AAAUAAUCGGCCAUUUCAUUUAAAUACUUUCCUGUGUAGUGAUGGUUGUUGUGUGAGAUAGGUGUGAUUUCAACGCCCAUCAACAAUGCAGAUCUUCGUAAAAACAUUAACUGGCAAGACCAUCACCCUUGAGGUCGAACAGUCCGAUACUAUCGAAAAUGUUAAAGCAAAAAUUCAAGAUAAAGAGGGAAUUCCUCCAGAUCAACAACGUUUAAUUUUUGCCGGAAAACAAUUAGAGGAUGGCCGUACUUUGUCAGAUUAUAAUAUUCAAAAAGAAUCUACACUUCACUUAGUACUUCGGCUACGUGGUGGAGCUAAAAAACGGAAGAAGAAGAAUUAUUCCACACCCAAAAAAAUUAAACACAAGAAGAAGAAGGUCAAGUUAGCUGUAUUAAAAUUCUAUAAGGUUGAUGAAAAUGGUAAAAUUCAUCGAUUAAGACGAGAAUGUCCUGGUGAACAAUGUGGCGCCGGUGUAUUCAUGGCUGCCAUGGAAGACAGACAUUACUGUGGAAAAUGUGGAUACACUCUUGUAUUCUCAAAACCCGAAGAUAAAUAAAUCUUCAUCUUUAUUGUAAGGUUAUAUAAAAAAAAAAAAAAAUACACUGUUUCAGUUAAUAGAAAUUUCAUCUUUAUUAUAAUAUAUUAAAUUUUUAAUAAAUGUUAAUUGAGCAGUGA